CUAUUCAUUUGUUUUUAAGGAGACAACAUAAUUGCAUAAUUCUCUUGACAGCUGAGUCUGGCCGUCUGGCUGAGUCGUGACUUGAGAUCUUAAAUCUACAAAUUUUAAUUUUAGAAAGUGAAUCCAUUCUAUAUUUAUUUCGAUUGUUCUUUUCAGUUCAACGCCUUAUUUCUGUCGAUAUUUAACAUUUUGCAAUUAAAAUGGAGGGAGAAUGUCACGAAUCUGGAAGGGUUCUGAUGUACCAGUGGAAAUUUAAAGAUUUGACUGAACGGUGCUCAAUCAUGACCGAAAUGGCUGAGUUUCUGGGAUUGAAAGCUUUUCGAUUUGCCCUGAAGAAAGUUGGUGGUCAAGACACAAAGACAAGGUUGUAUUUCAUUUGUACCAAUUUGCACAAGAUUGGCUAUAAAGUGGCGAAAGUAUCUGUCAAGAUCAAAGGGAAACCUGACCUAGAUGGACACAUGAACCUUUGUGAGAAUGAGCUGGAUCACCUUCAGUUAUUUGUAAAAGAAAUUGAUUGUGAAUGGCAAAAGCAAGAGACAUUCACGUUCGGCGUCCACGUUAUCGAAACAUUGGAAAACUAUCGUUACCAAUUGUCAGAUAUUCUAUUUACAGAUCAGUUGUGGUUGACUGCCAAAAACAAACUCUGGACUGACAUUGAAUUUUCAGUCCAAAACCACAUUUUUUCGGCACAUCGGGCCAUUCUGGCAGCUCGAAGUCCAACAUUGUUUGGUUCAAUUGAAUCGCCGAUUGUUGGCAGUCGAAUCAAGAUCGAUGACACAGAACCCCUUGUUUUUGAAAUGUUUCUUCGAUUUCUCUAUACUGGCGUCUUUCAGGUCAACAACCACCGAAGUGUUAACGAAGAACUGCUGAAAUUGGCAGAACGUUACAAGUUGAGCACGUUGAAAUCCCUUUGCCAGUUGGCAGUUCAAGAUAUCGAUGCUAAUCAACUCACAUCAUUCGCCAUGGCCAUGAAACCAAACUUUGAAAUUUGCCCCAAGAAACCUCAGCUCAAAGAGAAGACCAAAGCUCAAUUGUUUUUCCAAAAGUACUAUACAGUCAUCGAAUGCGUUUGGCGGGUGGAAGAAUUGCCGCAAGACGAUAAGCUGUUCACUUCAGAUCAGUUGAAUUUCCGCAACGAUGGAGCGUUCCGGGCGGGACUGGCCGAACAUCCACCCACCAAGCACUCAACUCUCUUAUCCCCACAGCAUUUCCUUUACCUGGCCUGUUCUCACCUGGAGAAAACAGGCACAUCCAUAUCCCAUGUUGAGAGUUACAUUGACGGCGCCGAAUAUUGCCGGAUGGAGCGACGAGGUGAAAAAGCCUUAUACAUCUUUGGCCGGGAACUCUACGAUCUCGUAGCACCAAGUUCUUUCAAAUUUGACAUCCUCAUCAGAGAAAAUCUCGAUAAUUUUCGAUACCAACUGAUGGACAGUCUCCGCUCUGUUGACUACUGGAACAUGUUCCUUUUGGCCAUCCUGACCGACGCCGAGCUUCAAGUUGGGAAAAAAAUUUUCAAAGUACAUCGAGCCAUUAUCUCUUCAAGGAGUCCGGUAUUCACGGAGCUGUUCAAUACCUCAACGGUCGAAUCUGUCACGGGAAAAGUUCGAAUCGAUGAUGGCGUAAAUCCUGACGCCUUCAAAGAAUUUCUCUUCUUCUUGUACACGGGAGAGCUCAAAGUAUCGGCCAACUCCCAGUCACUAUUGAAAUUGGCGGAAAAAUAUCAAGUUGAAUCUUUGAUUGAAAUCUGUCGUGCGGCCAUUCAAGAAAUCGACGUCGACGAAAUCUCUACUUCUUUGAUCUGGCUGUGAGUCCAAGCUUUCAUAAUUUUUUUUUUAAUUUGAACUAGCCUUGUGUGUAUUCUAUAUAAUGAACAUAUUCCCUGUUAAAUUAUGAGCAAGUCAAACGUGCUGUAUGUUUAUUUUAAAAAAUGCGCGUCAAAUAAAUAUUUUAUGCAGUAAAA